AGCCGAAAUCUCAUGCGGGCGAUUUACAUAUUAGGUACCUCACAACUCUCCCUAAACAGAGUUGUUUCCCGCCCAGAUCCCCAACCGCCAUGGCAACAAACCGCUUGACGUUUCUAUACCCUCACCUCUGCCGCACCGGUGGGCGCUGGUAUGAACCUGCAGCGUCACAAGCUAUCCGCAGCUCUCGUCGCAACCCCUCAACACUGCCGCCGUCUUGCCAACAUGCCGCUCCAUUCACGAUCCCCUCGGCAAGGAGACAGCCUGCUUUUGCUAAGCGAGCUGGGAAGGGCAUAGAACCUCUUCCGGUCGAGACUGCUGGGCAACAGCCGAACACCGAAGAAGAGAAACCGGGGAAAAAGCCGAAGAGGAAACCGGAAGGGGAAUUGGAGGAUAAGUCGGAGCGGGGCCCGGAAAGGAGACCGAAGGGGAAGCCGGAAGGGAAGCCGGAAGGGAAGCCGGAAGGGAAGCCGGAAGGGCAAAUAAAAGCCCAGGAUUCAGGGCAAUCUACACCGCAGGGGAAACCCACACCGCAGCCAACAGAGACACCAGCAUCACCCGUACCACCUGCCUCGUCACCCUCCCCGUCCGCGGGGUCAGGUCCGAAAACGGCUUCCCCUCCCCAACCCGACCUUCCACAGACGAUCGAGCUACCCCCUCCAGGCGACAUCGACCCCAUUACCCAGGCCAAGAAAGGCAGCCCCAUGGACGAGAUCCUACACAUGGGACCUCCACCAGACUCCGUACCCCGUCCGCCUCCUAGCACUCUCGCCUCCGAACAGCCUAGCGAUUCAACCAACCCCCCUGCCACCGACGCCGCCACCGACGCCGCCACCGACCACGCCGCGAGCACCAAACCGCCGCACCUGGUGCCGACCCCCUACAUCCACCACUUCGACUCGUACACACUGGUCAAGCAGCUCACGACGGGCGGGUACACGCUGCCGCAGGCGAUCCUGUCGAUGAAGGCGAUCCGCAAGCUGCUGGCGGCGAACCUGGACGUGGCGCAGUCCGGGCUGGUGUCCAAGGCGGACGUGGAGAACGAGACGUACCUGUUCCGGGCCGCGUGCAGCGAGCUGGGCGCCGAGGUGCACAACAACCGCCGCGUGGCCGACGAGCAGCUGCGCCAGCAGCGCACCCUGCUGCAGCACGAGGUCGACAUACUCGCCCAGCGCCUCAACCAGGAGCUGCUCACCCUGACCGACAGCGUCCGCGGCAUGUUCAACGACCGCCGCAUGGCCGUGCGCGAGGAGCAGAAGUCGCUCGAGAGCAGGAUCCAACAAAUCAACUACAAGAUCAGCGUGACGCUCAACAGCGACGCCAAGUCAGACAUCGAGGGGCUGCGGUGGGUGCUGAUCCGGCGGUCGGUGCUGGGCAUCAUCUUCAUGGCCGUGCUCACGCUGGGCACCAUCCGGUACGCCACCUACAUGGGCCACAAGCGGCAGAAGGAGGCCGACCAGCAAGCGCGCGAGGCCGAGGAGAUCAAGAAACACAACGGGCGGUCCGACAACUCGCCGGGGCCGGACGCGGCCGAGAUUCUGGCGGCGAACUGAUCUGAUAUGGUGGUUGGCUGCACCCAGUGCCAUGUUUUCUUUUCUCUUCUCUUUUUUUCAACAAAAAACAUACGGGGCACCAUAGACGUGGUUUGCAUAGCGCACGGAGGGUAGGGACCGGGUCACAUAGAAAGCAACCAAGGCAGAGAAGAAGAGAGAAAAAAAGAUAUCCACGGCUUCACCGCCGCCCCUAAUUCUAAAUCUACAACCCUCCAACCCCAUCCACUCCC